AAAAUAAAAUUCUCCCAUCUAUCUAUUUGGUCUACUCUCUUCUCUCUCUUCUCUCUCUCCUCUCUCUCUCUCUCUCUCUCUAGCUUGUUUACCGCGACGAAGACUGGCUGGGCUGCUUCCGGCGCGGCAUUGAUUCGUUUCUGCAGCAACCCCACCCGACGCCGGCCGGCCGGCCGUCCGAGUCACGACCAGAUCGGUGAGGAGCCUUCUCUCUCUUAACAGCUGACGAUUUCACUGGGUGCAUGGCACUUUGAGUAGAGGUUGUGGUUCAGCAAGAAUUCGAUUGAGGGAUUUCCAGAAGCACGGUGAAUUGAGGAAAUGUGGUACCAGAAAGGACCGGGUUUUAGAGCCAGACGAUAGAAUUCUGGAGAAUCUGCUGUCUUUUUUAUUUUUUUUUUACUUCUUGUUCUUUCGGUAGCCGCAUUUGGCUACCAGAAGAAAAUAAAGACAUUCGAGAUUCCAGCCAACUGGAAAAGGAAUUGUACAAGGGAUCGAAUAACCAGGUGGUCGCAUGAAUUCCGGGUGGAAUUCGGGCGGUGGGUUCCCAAUGCCGCAAGGAGGAGACUUCGAGAUUGGCAAUUGGGAAGUACACACACCGCAGAGACCAAUCCCAGUAAGAUCUCGUGCGACUCCGGUUGAUCAAAUCGAGAGCCUACAUGGCAGAACAAAUUGCCCAGUAUUUACUGGCCUCCCCAAUGGCCAUGGUUAUAUGCAGGAGAUGCCUUAUUGCAAUGGUGGGUCGGUCCAAAAUCUCAACUUUAGAGCACCAGCAGAGGAGAUUCAGAGCUACCUUGGGUAUGAUGUAGAUUUAGCCCGGACGAACCAGCUGAUCAAUCGGAUUGCUGGACAAUCGAUGCCUAUCUUCGAUAUGGAUGAUGAAACAGGUUGGAAUAGUGGACCAAUGAUGAGUUUACUGGGACUCGACGCUUCUGCUUUUGAUCCAUCAGUUGAAGGAGCUUCAAGCAGUGGUGCCAACGAGGUUCAGAGACCUUGGUCUUCUAACUACCAGCCAAUUUCCAGCAGCGGCAGAGAUUUCACCACAAGCGACUUGAUUGGCAGUCAGAUGAAUGCUGCAAGCACAAGUGCAUUGAGAAGAGAUUACUCAUCUACUCAGACAACCAAAUAUGAAUUUCCUUUGCCUUCACGACCAACCUAUGAUCUAAACUCCACUCCACCAGAAGUCAGUUCCCCACCAAGCAUGACCAACUUAUUGUUCACACCAGCAACACCUUACCAGGACAGCCAGCUUUCUGCAUUUCUUGAAUCCUCACCAUUCGAAAGCACAAUCCAAGAGAAGAACAAGCAGGGAAAGUUGUUCUCAUUGACAAGUGAGACAAACCAUUCAGACGAACUCCUGGAGAAUAUUGUGGAAUCUUUCAAGCAGAAGAAGGAUGCCAUCGUAGAAAGCAGCCAAGGCAUUGACCUCAAUACAACACCCCAGCAGAAAACACCCAAGCGAAGAAAGCACAGACCGAAGGUGAUUAAAGAAGGUAAGCCAAAGAUGACUGGAAAACCUGAAACUCAGGUAAAACCAAAGAGAAAUGAGAAUCCAUCUGGAAAGCGGAAGUACAUACGCAAGAAAGGCCUUAAAGAAUCAGCAAGUGAACAGGCAGAUGCUGAACAGGAGACCGCAGUUGGCAAUGAUGGAACUGCUGCAAAGUCCUGUAGGAGAGCUUUGAAUUUUGACUUAGAAAAGACAGCUGAGGCAACCACAGUAGCUGGACCAGAGGAGUUGAGGAAUAUGGAGGGUUUUCGCUUGCCUGUAGAUUCACAAGCCUCAGAACUAAGCAGGAGAGUAAACAUUCUGUCUGGAAUAACAUCAGCUCAGCAGAUAGGUCACCAUGACGGAUCAACCAUGAUAAAUCAACCGGAAGCUGUGAGUUUGUUUGGAACAAAUCAAAGGCCCACUACAUUUUUUCCACUGCUACAAAGGCAGGCUGGUGAGUGCCUACCAGCCAGAACUACAGACCAACUGGAACAUAGAAUAGCCACACGGGAUAACAUGGCUAGGGCCAUUGGCAUGGCUUGCCAGAUGGGUUUGAAAGAUGGACAGCUCCUUAAGCAGAAGCAAUUUGUAUGUGCAGAACGAAGAGAAGUGAACAUUCCAGGACUUCGCAACCUUCAAAUGUCUAGGCAAGCAGUGCCUCAAUCAGCACCAUUAAUUUUUUCCUACUCCAGUGAGGCAAGGGGACUAAAGAGGGUGUAUCAUCAAAAUAAUGAGCAGACGUAUCUCCCUAGCGCAAAUUCAAUGCCCACAUGGCUGCAACAAAUGGUCCGGACUAGUGAAUUCAGCAACACUAGCAUUCUCAGUUCGGCUUACUCAGAGACCCAGAAAAGGAAGAAAGCAGAGAAAACACUUGAUAUUAACAGUGUCUCAUCUUGUGUUCCAGCGAUCUUAGAUUCUUCAAGCCAAGUGCAUGUAGGAGGUGUAUCCGGUGAACCCACAUAUAGAAGUACGUUACAGAUGAACGAUGAGAUGUUGAACCCCUUUUUAGCUUCUGGAAGCAUUUACCACAAUGAAAAAGACAGGCUGCAGAAUUGUACGAGUGGAUGGAAUCUUCCGUCUCUCGCUUUGGGUAAUGUUUCAAGAGAGCAUCAAAUUUCUGCUGAACAGCAUUCUCAUGAACAGAGGGAGGAAACCAGCAGAUUGCAAGUGAAAGACAUGCCCAAAAUAGCUUGUCAGGAUUAUCAUCAAAGGCAAAAGGCUCCAGAACAUACUGUUCAACCAGUAAAGAAAGGAAGACCAAGAAAGCAGCAGGUAAAUCGUUUAGCAAAGAAGACUGCACCUCCCACCAAGCGGAGUCCUUCCACAAAGAAGUUCCAUAAAGAGCAGAAGGAUCCAUGCCAUGAAAAUCAACAAAAUGGUGAAGUGACAAGAGGUAUUUCCUGGAACCCAUACUGUUCAAACUCAUCGAUGGAAAAAGACCCCAACGCCCUUGAUGAGAUCAUAUACAAAUUGGAGGUGCUCAAUCUCAAUGGAGAAGGCAGCAAACUGAAGGAAGCAGAGCAAAAUGCAAUUGUACCCUAUACUGGAGCUGGCAUGAUUGUUCCCUUUGAAGGCAGGAAACGCAAACCACGGCCAAAAGUAGACCUUGACCCAGAAACUAACAGGGUAUGGAAUCUUCUAAUGGGUAAGGAUGGAAGUGGACUUGAUGAAAAUCACAAGGACAAGGAAAAAUGGUGGGAAGAAGAGAGGGAAGUGUUCCGUGGACGAGCAAAUUCAUUCAUCGCCAGAAUGCAUCUCGUUCAAGGUGACAGACGCUUUUCUCGAUGGAAAGGAUCAGUUGUUGAUUCGGUGAUUGGAGUAUUCCUCACUCAGAAUGUCUCUGAUCAUCUUUCAAGCUCUGCCUUCAUGUCACUGGCGGCACGGUUUCCACUCAAGUCAACUUCCCUUGGAAGUGGUUAUAACAAGGAUAACACAAACACAUUCUCCAAGGAACCAGAAAUAAUCAUGUUGAGCCCAACUGACAGUAUCAGUUUGCAUGCAAAAAGGCACCCAAUCUACAGCCAAAACUCAGUGACUGACCAUGAAUCAACCGUGUCUUGGCAAGCCGCAGAAAUUCCAGGGACAGAAACCAUGAACUUGUUAGCGGGACAAACUCAUAGCUCGGAGGAGGAAGUCCUCUCUUCCCAAGAAUCUUUUGAUUGCUCAAUCAACGAAAGCAUUGGAGGGAUCAGAUCCUAUUCGGGCUCCAAUUCUGAAUCAGAAGAUUUGGUCAUCGGCCACAGACCUGAAGAAAUUCGCCGUUCAAUGUUCGAAUCUUCUUUACGGAAGGAGAAAGCCCUUUUCCAGGAUCUAUUCACCCAUCAAAGCAGGGGCACAUUGGGAUCUGGGGAUCAACAAUCAAAAGAUAAUGCAGACAACAAUAGAAACUCAGCAUUCAACACUACCAAUAGGAUUAAUGGCUCAUCAUCGUACACUCAGCUGAUAAAUUCGGAUGCUCAGCCUGCCCAUUUUCCACCAGUUGCUUUCAUUCCACAGCACGUGCAAAUUAAUCCAGAUUCCAGAAUAUCAAGAUUGGAGGAUGACAUGCUUGGUGAUGAAAGCAUAUGUUCAUGGCCAACAGCAUCUAAAUUCAGCACUGCAGAAGCAGAAAAUCUUAUAGCUAAACUGGUAGAGCAACAGGAGGAAAGUCAACAUAUAUACGCAGUCAACCACCAAUUGUCACUACGCACUCAAGAAAUACCAAGGAUGAGCUAUCACAAGUCUUUGGGCUCAAAUUAUGCAUGUCCUCAGAGUCCCAACUCUGGCCCUGAUCUCACAAUUAGCCAACCUUCUUGCAUCUCCCAUCAACAUGCAGAUGAGAAGUUCUUUCACCUGGAGGGUAGUUUGGCUACAGAAGCGGAUACUCUUGGGGAAUCAAUUUCUCGAAGGCAGUGUAAUGACGUACAGAAUGUUUCACUGAGUCCUCAGCAAGUUACCAAUGUUAGGGACGGAAUCUCAACAGUUGUUAAUCAAAGCCAUGUGGAAAAUAAAGCUGCCGCACCGCAUAUUGAGGAGCAGUUGUCUUCAUCUACAAAGCCAUCUAAGGAGACAAAUAUUGAGCCGGUGAAAACAAAAAGAGGAAAGGCUAAGACUGGGAAGAGCAACGAAAUUGAUUGGGAUAUUUUAAGGAGAGAGGUGCAACCUAAUGGAAGAAGAGAAGAAAGAGGCAAAGAUGCAAUGGACUCACUAGAUUAUGAAGCAAUAAGGCAAGCCAGUGUUAGUGAGAUAUCAAAUUGUAUUAAAGAAAGAGGGAUGAACAACAUGCUAGCAGAAAGAAUUAAGGGAUUCCUCGACCGGUUGGUCCAAGACCAUGGAAGCAUUGACCUUGAAUGGUUGAGAGAUGUCUCCGCUGACAAAGCAAAGGACUACCUACUGAGCAUACGAGGGUUAGGACUGAAAAGUGUAGAAUGUGUGAGGCUUUUAACGCUUCAUAAUCUUGCCUUUCCAGUGGACACCAAUGUAGGACGCAUAGCAGUUCGACUUGGAUGGGUACCUCUCCAACCACUGCCAGAGUCACUGCAAUUGCACCUCUUAGAAAUGUACCCAGUGCUGGAGUCAAUUCAGAAAUAUCUGUGGCCAAGAUUGUGCAAGCUUGAUCAACGAACACUCUAUGAGCUACAUUACCAGCUAAUCACAUUUGGAAAGGUUUUCUGCACCAAGAGUAAACCGAAUUGUAAUGCCUGCCCAAUGAGAGGAGAGUGCAGGCAUUUCGCUAGUGCUUUUGCAAGUGCGAGACUUGCCCUUCCAGCUCCAGAGGAGAAGAAUCUUGUCUCUUCAACAGUUCCUUUGGCUGAGACCAAGCCCACAACAGUCAUCAAUCUCAUGUCGCUACCUCCACCCUACUCACAAGAAGAAAUGUUUCAAGUUCAUAACUGUGAACCCAUCAUUGAAGAGCCAGCCACUCCAGAUGAAGAGCGUGCAGUAGCAUUGGAAAGUGACAUUGAGGAUGCAUUGAAGGAUGUUGAUGAAGAAAUCCCCACCAUCAAGUUGAAUAUCCAAGAGUUCACCGAAAACCUUCAGCAAUUUAUGCAAGCGAACAACAUGGAACUCCAGGAAGCUGACAUGUCCAAGGCCUUAGUUGCUCUGAAUCCAGAAGCUGCUUCUAUUCCAGCUCGAAAACUCAAGAACGUGAGCAGACUAAGGACAGAGCACCAAGUAUACGAACUUCCUGAUGAUCAUCCUCUCCUACAAGGGCUGGAAAAGAGAGAACUGGAUGACCCAAGCCCUUACCUACUUGCUAUAUGGACACCAGGUGAAACUGCCAACUCAGUCCAACAAUCUCAAGAAGGUUGUGAGCUCCAAAAGACAGGAAACUUGUGUGAGGAGAAGACAUGCUUUUCAUGCAAUAGCAUUCGAGAAGCUAAUUCACAAACUGUCAGAGGGACACUUCUGAUACCUUGCAGAACAGCAAUGAGAGGAAGCUUCCCAUUGAAUGGAACAUACUUCCAAGUAAAUGAGAUGUUUGCAGAUCAUGAAUCAAGCAUCAAUCCAAUAUGUGUUCCAAGAGAUUCUAUAUGGAGUUUGAGAAGACGGACUGUAUACUUUGGAACCUCUGUCACAACAAUAUUCAGAGGCCUGUCAACUGAGGAAAUUCAAUAUUGCUUCUGGAGAGGAUUUGUUUGUGUGAGAGGGUUUGACCGCAAAUUCCGAGCCCCUCGACCACUGGUGGCUAGGUUGCACUUCCCCGCAAGCAAGGCCAAGACCAGAAAAUGAGAAGAAAAAAAGGUAAAAGGAAAGCAAGCAAUGAAAGGAGGCAUCUAGCCAACUAACAGGAUUUUUUCGCAGAAGAGCAGAUAGCGCUGAUAAAGCCAGGACCAGUCUUCUCCUUAACAAAAUGCAGCUUUUCUUCAUCUAACUGCCAAAGGUCAACAGAAAAAACAUUUCAAGUUCAAUCUUCCUCUUAACGGGAGAGAUAUGGUCAUCACAUGGCACAGAGCAGAUCUCAACUAACUACCAGAGAAAUAACAAGUGCAGUUUAGCCUGUACAUAUAAUUGCUGUCAUUUAUUCAUUCUUGCUCACAAUGAGCCAUUCUUCAAGAGCUGCCCUGUCAAUUGCGAAAGCAAUUAUAUUGUGACAUGGAAAAAGUAUGGUGUAGCAGCGUAGACAGUGCUGGGACGGUUCGUAAACAUUUAUCAUUAUAUGUCAUGAAAGCAUCAAUGCAAUGACAAAACAAGCUUUCAACA